CGUGAAGACAUAACAAAGCAGAAUAAACGGUGCUGAUGUGAUUAACUUGGGGAACCGAAUGAGCGAUUGCCGUCUAUUGUGAAGUAUCCUGUAUUAGUAAGAACUAGCGCGUGGAAUGUCGGUUGUGUUUACUGGAGAGUCGCUCAAGUGAUCAGGUAGUAAGUUACUUUGUAUCAAGGAUGUAGCCAACUGCUUUUUACCAAGGCCUUGUAUGCAACACCUACAAUAUUCUUCCCAGGACAGACUGUUGGAUUGUAUAAGGCUGCUGUUCAGUCGCUGUUGUUGCUCAGAUGUGCCCAGACAUUACGGACAAGAUGGACGCUACAGUUUCUGGAGGCUUACAGUACAAUAACAGAGUGUUGUUUGAACACCGAUAUCCGUGUUUACGGAGGGGAUACCUGCAUUUUCUGACUUGACAGUAAGAAGGCCUAUUGUUAAUUCACAUAUCAUAUCUGUUUAUUAGGCUAUUGGACAGCGUGAUGACGAAGAAAUAGCAAUUCGGUUCAAAUAUUUUUUAUUCCAAAUCGGAGUUAUGCUGCCAUUUUAUUUGUAGGCUUCCCCAUCGAAUAAAGGGUGUAGGUUUAGUAUAGCCUUCAACCCCUUAAUACUGUAUUGUCACAAAGCCGUCGGUUCCAGCCAGUGAUUAGCAGAAUGACUGAUCCAAGCAGCAACACGGACUUCAUGGCUGGCUACUCCGGUAUCACCAUACCAAAUGUAGCUGGCAGUGGGUUACCUCAUCGGACGGUGCUGAACUCUCCCCCUCCUCCAGGCAGACUGACGUCCCUGCGGUCCCGAGACCUGACUCUGGGCGGGUUCAAAAAGAAAACCUUCGUACCCAAUAUCCAUUCUCUGAGGAAGAGUAAAGAUGAGUUAAAGGAAGAGGCCCAUGUUGCACCAAAGAAGGACAGAAGAGUGAGGGAGGAGAGGCACAGGGAGAGAAGAGAGCGCCCCCCUCAGAUCAUUCAGUCCCACUCCAUCUUUGAACAGGGUCCUGCAGACACAGUAAAGAAACCAGGGGGGUGGAGAGGGACCGACCUGACAGACAGCAGAUCCUCUCCUGUAGCUAAGUGUUUUAAGAAGGAGAGACGUGCCUCAGAGGAAAACGAUAAUGAUAUGUUACACAAGCUUCAACGGGAUGAUUUUUUGGAUGAUCCUGGUUUGAAAAAUGAUGCCAAGAACAAGCCAAUUCAACUGCCACUGUAUCAAUCUAGCAACGUCCUGAUAACAGAGGCAACAAAUCCAUCAUUCAGAGCCCCUGCUACUACUAACCCAAACCUGCCCCUUCAGUACGGACCAGGCCAGAUCCCUCAGUAUAGACCAGGCCAGGGGGUCCUGUGCCCUGACCAGAUCCCUCAGUAUAGACCAGACCAGAUCCCUCAGUACGGACCAGGCCAGGGGGUCCUGAGCCCUGACCAGCCCUCUGUAGCAGAGCUCUUCCACCAGCUAAUGGACCCUGAGACAGAAGAGUUGCUGUUCAUCCAGCUACCUGAUACUAUCCCUGGCCAGCCAACCACAGCCUCCGUCCCAAGCCAGCCAAUCACAGCCACCCCAGCCAAUCACAGCCACAGAAAGAAAUUUAAAAAAGACUCCAAGUCCGACGGCAAGCGCAUCUCUCACAUUAAAGCACCGGACACUGCUGGUAAAGACGUUCCUGUCCUGUCAGAGUUCACAGAGGGGUUUCUGGGUAAACUACAGAUCAGGAAGUCCGGCAAGGUGCAGCUGGUGCUGGGAGACAUCACUAUGGACGUCUCAGAGGGAGCUGCCUUCUCUUUCCUACAGCAACUGGUGUCUGUGCGUCUGUCUGAGGGCCUGACUGGAGACAUGAGUAUCCUGGGGAACAUCAAGCACAAGCUGGUCUGCUCUCCAGACUUCCAGGCUCUGCUACAGGAGCCAUCACCUGACCACUCAGCACAUCUCUAACUUAUAUUCAGUACACCUUUUUCAGCAUUAACUGUGUAGACAUUGUACAGUUUUAUUACACGAUGUGAGGAUUAACUGUGUAGAUAUUGUACAU